CGUGACCCAGAUUAAACGGCAAAGUUUGUGACUCCAUCAUCUGCGGUUUAGAAAUGCCGAGCUGCAUAAAGUGUGUCUACAACAACAGAUAUGCACUGAAGGGUAUUUAUUUGCACGCAUAUGUAUAGUCUUCUAAAUAAGUUUAGUGUUAAUGGAGGUUAAACAAAAGUUAUUCGUGUGACUGCAACUUAGCAUGCUAACAGUGCUCCGAUGCACAUUGGUUAUGUUUCAAUCAGUUGCUUCGUGGAGCAGGGGCAGAUGCCAACAUGGAGUGUCCGAUCUUUUCAAAAUAUACUUGCCUGGAUGUUGUUUUUAAUAUCAUCGGAGUGGGCACGUUUUUGUUCGACGUGGGCUCGGAUCUGUGGGUGGCGACGGUGUUUUACACGCAUGGAAACUUUGUGUGGUUCGGGAUUAUGGUGGGAUUUAUGCUCAUAUCGUCUGUCAUCGUUCAGUUGUUUAGUUGGUUUUGGCUUCAGUAUGAUCGCGAUUUGAAGGACUUUGAUUCUCAAACGUCAGAUGGGAACAUAGUUCUGUUCGGCGGAGCAAAACGAGUCAAUCUCGCGCUUUUCCUCCACGUGUUUCAACUUGGUUUCUUCAUCAGGCACAUUUCAGUCAUCUGGCAAGGUUUUCGUGUGUGGCGGCAAGGGGGUAGUGGGUCCGAAUAUGCCGUUUAUCUUACUCAUGACCUCAGCAUGCUUCGCCUUAUCGAGACCUUCUGCGAGAGCGCACCACAGCUCACCCUCAUGAUGUACAUCAUGCUGCGAACAAACCACGCAAGGAUGGUUCAAUAUGUGAGUGUUAUCGCCUCCACAACUUCUAUAGCCUGGAUGGUCGUGGAUUAUCAUCGCUCACUUCGUUCUUUUCUUCCCGACAAGGACAAACAAGGCUGGAGUUCCUCUUUCAUUUACUUCCUCUGGAACCUCUUUCUGAUCGGUCCACGUGUGGCAUCUGUCGCUCUGUUUGCCUCUGUGCUUCCCUGGUCUAUUUUUGCUCACUUCCCGUUGUUGUGGAUCACCUUCGCGUUAUGGGCCUGGCAACAACGCACCGAUUUCAUGGACAGCGCUGCGGGAGAGUGUCUCUACCGGGCCACCAUAGGUGUUAUCUGGUACUUCAGCUGGUUUAAUGUGACUGAAGGCAACACCAGAGACAGAAGUAUCAUCUACCACUCAUUUAUGAUCGUAGACAGUGGCAUUCUUCUGCUUACGUGGUGGUGUUACAGAGAUCCGGAAGUGACCCAGUCAUACGCCCUCAUUCUUGUCGUUUCCAUCCCACUUGCCUAUGCCAUAGGAUUACUUAUUAAAGGUUUGUACUAUAGCUGCUUUCACCCCAAACUGUGGCGAUCGGAGGUUUCGGAGAAGGUUUUAGAUGACGUAUCUGAUGGGUUGGAGCCGUUCAAAGCCGUUCAAGCCGACUCUGCUUCUUUUCACAUUUCAAACACUAGGAUGGGCAAACAUGCUGCUAACUUCUACACAAUGAAGACCUUGUAAAUAAAUUAAACAUAUGGAUGUGAAGCAA